GCGUGGCUAUCCGCUACUCGUCGCACCUGGCACACACGCGUUUUCCAAAUCGUGCUUUUUUCGCCCUCAGUUUAUUUUUUAAUGUGCGAAUUAAACAAGUUAAUUAGUCAAACAACAAAGUAUACAUUAGUUGCGCGCUCAACAACUGGCUAAUCCAAUUAUUCAAUGCGCUAACAAAUUGAAUUCAAGGCGUGCGUGUGAGUUUUUUAGUGCCGAAUGCAAAGUACGAUGGCGACGCAUAGUUCGACCGCAACGCGACGUUGAUGUCAGUUUGAUUGUGUGCGUGCGUGCGUGUGUGAUUGUAGUGUGUGUGUGUAAUAAAAAAAGCGAAUUGCGAAAGAGCAAAAAAAAAAGACAAGAGACAAAAAGGCGAAAAAUAUAAAGAAAAACUACGUUCAGCAAAUCAAACAGACAGGCAAUCAGUCGGACAGGCAGGCGUUGACACGGGGAGGGGAACGGGUGCACACAAGGCCACAAGCAAUUUCAGUGUUAAAUAAAAUCAACGAAAAACUCGACGAUCGUGGCGCCAAAGUGCAAAUUGGUGUUGGUCCAGCAGCAGCCGCAGUCGCAGAGCAGCAACAGCAGAAGCAGCCGCAGAAUUUAAGAGCCAGCAUAAAGAGAGAGAGAGAGAGAGGGAGAGAGAGCGCCGCGUGUGUUGGAAUCUCGUUGUCUCAGGAAAUUCGCGCGAGUCGAGUCACACACGCAUACGAUAGAUAGCAACAGUGUGGCCGUUUCAUAUAUUUAUUUAGUUCGUUACUCUUAUUUUGAUUUUGAACCUGUGUGUGUGUGUGUGCGUGCGUGCGUGCAUUGUUGCAUUUUGUGCGCUUACGAGUGGCCGGCUAAAAUCUAAUAAUGUCCACAUCUGAUGUUGGCCAACAGCAACAACAAGAACAACAACAAACACCACCAUCUCCACAGACGCCACUAAGACACACAAAUGAGGCGUCCAGCAACAAUAACUCCAUUAUGGGCAAGGUAAAGUUACGCGUAUCCUCCAUAUUUCCGGAUUCUCUUAGCAAAUGGUUCUCACCAACAACGGAGGGCAGCGCUGCCCGUGCCGAUAACGUCGAGCAGUCACCACAACAAUCACAACAACAACAGCAGCUAAAUGGCAGCGCUUUGACAAAUAAACGUAAACGCAGUCGACGUCGCAUCGAAUUGGAAGCCGAUGAUGCGCCCGAUAUUAUUAUCGAUGACGGCAUUGAUGCUCAGGAUCUUAACGAUGAGGAAGUUCAACUAGCCGAUAACAUUGCCGAACACGAUCUGGCUGCCGAGGAUGAGCAGACGCGUCGCAGCGAAUAUAACGUUAGUUUGUUACGCAAGCGUCAAAUGGCUGUCGUUGCACGUGACGUUGUCAAUGAUGAUGAUGACGACGACGAUGAUGAUCUUGAAGAGGAGGACGAUGAGGAGCAAGACGAUGAUGCACACAACUAUCAGCCAAAUCGCAAUGCACUCGGCUUCAAAGUGGCAAAGUCCAACAACAACAAUGCUUCAGCUCAACAGCCACCGAUGAAGCGCACUCGACUCGAGCAGCCGGAAAUAACAUUUAGUCCUCAGCUGAACGCUCAGCGUCGUCGUCCACAGUUGCAUGCCUCAACGCCGGCUAUCAAUGAUGCUGGACUGCGCAGUCAUGCGCCACCGAAUCGUUUAACACGCUUGAACCUCUACGGACAUUUGCGUCAGCGUGAGCCCGCCUUUAAUUUCUUAGCCGCCGGUUCGAGCAGCGAGGCAGCUGUUGCCACCAGCGGUGAUCUGCCAAUGAGCUCGAGACGUUCGUUGAAUAUUCCGCCAAUGACUGAACGUCGCGACACGACGACAACGACAAUGUUGGCCAGUUAUAAGCGACAAUCGCUGUUGGGACAACGUGGCUUAAACUGGCGCACUUGUUCGCCCAUAAGCGAAGUUGCUAGCUUUGAGACCCAACAACAACAACAGCAGCAGCAACAACAACAACAGCAGCAGACAACAAUCAUGCGUCAAGAGACCAACAACAACAAUAAUAACAAUAAUAAUACUAAAACAGGAGCUGGCACAGAUUCCCAUUCGGAAUGUGAGAGUAAUGAAAGUCAUGCUGGUUUGGCACUUCGUACGCACAAUAACAACAACAACAACAAUAAUAAUAAUAACAAUAACAACAAUAGCAAUUUAUUAUUUUAUGGCAAUUUACAAAGCCGCAAAUCGGUGUUUAAUGCAAAUACAACAAAUGUUGCCAAUAUAACCGGAGGAGCAGCAACAGCAACACCACCGCAUCAUCAUAAUUCGACACUGUCAUUGAACUCUUUGAACAAUCGACGUCGCUUUAAUGCCUCCAUUUAUGGCAGCACAUCGGCCCUGAGCGAUAGUCGUCUAUUAAGCAGCAGCGUAUCAUCAACAAUGUCGGGAUCACCAUUCUAUCAGGGACAGACAGCAUUUGGCGGCAGUUCGGCAAAUAAUCGUUACUUUAGUCAAGGCAAUUUGGCCAUCAUUAAUUCGGGUGGCAGCUCACCGGCACCAUCGAACAGUGACAGCAUUAGCGUUGGCAGUGCACGUAUUAUCAGUCACAAUUAUAGCAUGAAACCGAUUGAGAUGCGUCCAAAUAAGCCAACAAAUACGGAUGAUAAUGCUGGUGGUGGCGCUGUUACUGGUGGUUUAUCACAAACCGCACAACGUAUACUCAAUCUCCUGGAGAAUCAUACGACACCGUUGAUGGAUGCCAAGAAAAUGGGCAGCACAUUGCGUGAACAUCAACAGCAGCGUACAAAUCGACAUGCCACAAAGCCAUAUUCAUAUCCAACAGCAUAUGGCGGCUAUAAUCAUAGCUUUCACACAAGCAAUAGCAAUAAUGAACAGGAUAAGGAUAUGUCACGUUGUAGUAAUAAUAGUUCCAAAUUGUUGGUGCCAACAAUGUUGCAAUUGCUUGAACGACGACGCUUGCAACGUGUGACGCCAAGCACACGGCAAAUGAUUGAUGCCAAACACCACCAACAGCAGCAGCAGCAACAACUAAAGCAACAACAGCAACAACCACCUCGUACAACGACAACAACAGCAACAGCUGGCGCAGUAACACCAACAGCGGCAGCAACAACCGCAACCGCAGUCAACACCACAGUUAGCAACUCCUUUACAUCCUGCUCCACAUCUUUUGCCACUGCAACCGCUUCUGCCUCCUCCUCCUCCGGCAGCCACACAAAUAAGAUGCGUUCACGUUUAUCGCAUCAGACGCGCAAGGAUGUACGCAGCCAGGAUGAUGAAUUGCCGCCAGCUCCAAUUUAUUUGCCCGACAUACGUUUUCCUAGCAUGGCAAGUGAGCCGAAAUUUGAUUUGACAUUUGUGCCGACGCCAAAGCCAACACCAACAACAGCAGCAGCAGCAACUGUGGCAACAACACUAUCAACAACUGUUGGCAGUAAAACAGCUGCAACAAAUCUCAAUAGUGUCGAUUACAGCAGCAGCAGCAAAUCAAAGUCCAAAUCGAGCAACAAUUAUACAUUUGAUGCGCCGUUGCCUUUAAAUUGCCAACAAACAGACAAUUUGAACUUGCCACAGAAGCGUGUCAAGCACAAUUUUCAAUUUGUGGCACCAACGCCAUUGGACGGGCAACAAGAACCGCAACAACAACAACAACCAGAGAACAAGUUGCAAUUGAAUGGCGAUAAAAGUCUAAAAACCAGCGGCAGUGUGCUUGAUGUAUUGUUGCCCAAAACAGCAACAACAGCAGCAACAACAACCACAGCAACAACAACAGCAGCAGCAAAAACAACAACAACAACUUCAAGUUUUGCUGGCUUUGCUGAUCGCUUCAAGAAACCAACUGGCAAUUGGGAAUGUGAUGCCUGCAUGUUGUCCAACAAAGAGGAUGCCACCAAAUGUGUUGCCUGUGAGACGCCCAAAGCAAUGCCUAAAGCUGCAACAACAACAACAACAGCAGCAGCAACAGUUGUUGCAACAGCUGCUGGCGGUUUUGCUAGCUUUGCGGAUCGCUUUAAAAAGCCAGCGGGCAAUUGGGAAUGUGAUGCCUGCAUGUUGUCAAAUAAAAUGGAUGCCAACAAAUGCAUUGCCUGCGAGACACCACGCAAAACAACAACAACAUCAGCAACAACUGCUGCUGCAGCAACUAGCAACAACAACAACAACAUGUGGCAAACAACUGCUGGCGGUUUUGGUGAUGCAUUCAAGCCAAAAGCGAAUACGUGGUCAUGUGAUACGUGCAUGAUAACAAACGAAAGCAGCGCCAAUGCGUGUGUUGCCUGUCAAACGCCAAAUCCCAAGGCCAACAGCAGCAGCAACACUGCAACAGCAGCAGCAGCAACCACAACAAGCAGCAACUUUAAAUUUGGCUUUGCUGCAGCAGCAACAACAACAACAGUAGCACCACCGAAACCAGAUGCUGGCUUUCAGCAAUUGAUUGCGGCACAAAAGUCAAGCAGUUGGACAUGUGAGGCAUGCACCGCACAGAACGAUGUGGCACGCAACAAAUGCAUUUGCUGUGAACAAUUAAAACCCGGCGCCGAUGCCGCUGUGGAGGCAGCCAACAACACGUCGGCGGUGCCAAAGUUUAUGUUUGGUUUUGGCAACAGUGCAGCAGCAGCAGCAACAACAGCAGCAGCAGCAACAACAACAACAACAGCAGCUGCAACAACAACAGCGGCGCCAUUCAAGUUUGGCUUUGCUGCAGCAACUGCUGCUGGCAAGGAUGUGGCAGAUAAGCCAGAGACAACAACAACAACAUUGAGCACCUCAGCUGCUGUUGCAACAACAACAGCAGCAGCAACAACAACAACUGGCUUCAAAUUUGGCGCUGCAACAACGCCAGUUAGCAAAUCGGUUGCCUUUAAAUUGUCAGAACCACAGCAACAACAACAGCAGCAGUCAGCCGAGGCAGCGGACACGACUGCGCCGGUUAGCAGCAAGGCACCGGCGACAUCCAGCAUCGGCCUUGGACUCUUUACAGCAGCAGCAGCAGCAACAACAAAACCCGCAGCAGCAACAACAUUUGCAUUUGGCAGCAGCAGCAGCAACAACGCCACAGCAGCAACAACAACAAGCGCAACAGCUGCAACAGCAACGGCUACUGAAGCUGACAACAAGCUGUUUAGUUUUGGCUCCUUUACAGCCACCUCAACAAUGUCCAGCUCAAGCGGCAGCAGCAGCACCACCAACAGCAGCAACAGCAGCAGCAGCUCGAAACCAGCAGCAGCCAUGUUCAGUUUUGGCAGCAGCAACAUGCAACAGCAGCAGCCGGCAACGACAACCGCCACAACAGUAACAACAACAACAUCUACAUUAUUUGGCCAACAGAUGCCUUUGUUUGCCGCAGCAACAACAACAGCAGCAACAACAACUACAGCAACAGCAGUUGCACCUGCUGCAUUUGUAUUCGGCAGUCAAACAAACGCUGCAGCAGCAGCAACAACUACUGCCAGCAGCAGCAGCAACAACACCAGCAAUUUCUUCUUUGGCUCGCCAGCAACAGCAGCUGCGACAACAACAGCAGCAGUUGCAACAACACCCAUUGUCAGUGCAGCCAACAACAAUAUGAACUUAUUUAGCUCAAACACAUUGGCCAAAAGCAGCAACAACAACACUGCUGUCGCACCAAACAACUCAGCAAUGUUUAGUUUUGGCAGCGGCACCAACAACAACGCAACGUUUAGCUUUGGCUCCAAACCAGCAGCAGUUGCAUCUGCAACCCCAGCAGCAGCAGCAACAACAACGGCCAGCGGCAGCAGCAACUUUAGCUGGUCAACAACAACGCCAGCAGCAGCAACAGCAGCGCCAACAAAUCAAUUUGCAAGCUUUGGCAGUGUUGCAAGUGCAUCAGCAACAGCAGCAGCAACAACAACAAACAAUGCAGCAGUCAGUUCGCCAUUUGGCAUGUCUAUGGCAGCAAGCAAUGCAAGUGGUGCAACAGCAGCAAGUGGUGGCAACACUGGUGGUGCACUCUCCUCCAUUUUUGGCAAUGUCAGUAAUCCGUUCAACAGUGGCAACACCACAACUGCAACUGCAGCACCUUUGGCCAAUAUAUUCAACAGUAGCAGCAGCAAUAACAACAACAACAUUAACAACAACGCGGCAACAACAACAGUUGCUGCGGCCACAACAACAACUGUAGCUAAGCCGGUAUUCAAUUUUGGAGCCGCUACAGCGCCUGGCACGCAGCCGGCAGCGGGCGUUUUCAACUUUGGCGCAGGAUCAACGAAUCCAGGUGGCGCCUCAAAGCCCGCAUUCAACUUUACGGCAAGUGGCACAGCACCACAGACAGCGGCAUUUAAUUUCACGGGAACUGCGGGAACAGCAGCGCCAGCCACAAGCAGCGGCAUCGGCGGCGGCGGCAACGAUUUAUUUCCAACACCGGAACGACUUUUCCAAUUUGGCGCUGCUGCGUCCACAACUGAUAAUGUGGCCGCCGUUGGCGUCGGAACUGGAACUAGUUCAUCAUCAUCAUCGAUAGUGCCAGCAGCAGCGGGUCAAUUGUUUAAUUUUACUGGCUCAACGCAGCAAAUGCAGCUUCAAUCCGCCAAAUGCUGGCAACAACAAUAUGCAGAAUCCGCGCCGCAAGAUACGCGCACCGAUGCGUCGUCUGCCGCCGCGGUAGAAAUAGAAAUGGCAGCGCAAACGGCCGCCGCUGCGUCUGCUGCUGCUGCCGCCAACGCCGCCGCCGACAGAACUCGACAGGAAUGGACGACACAUGAACUGGAACUGGAACUCGAACAUGGACUGGAACUGCAACUGGAACUUGGAUCGAGACCUAGACCGGAGCAAAAGCUGAACGACAGCGACACAACGACGACAAUCGGGGACAACGAGCAGUUGCAACGGGAACGGAAACGAGAACUGAAACUGGAACUGGAAACGGAACCGAAUCCGCAAAUGGAUCUGCAACGGGAAUCCUUGAGGACGACAACGACACUGACGAAAAUCCGAUGUAUGCCAGAAGAAGAAGCGGAGACGGAGGUGGUGGAGGAGGAGGUGGAGGCAACAUCGGCGGCGGUCAUGUUGCAACGCCGCAGUUGCCGGCUGCAAGAGCAGCACUUGAAAAAUGAGCUGCAACAAUUGCAGCAGCUGCAGCGGCGGCGACAGCAACAACAACAAAAGCAACGACUCAACAAAUAUCGCUUUGUGCGUGCCAACAACAACAACAACAAUAGCAGCAAUAAUGCAACAAUAACAACUACAACCAUAACAGCAAACAGAGCUGCCAGACCGUCGAGAUAUAGCUUUCUGGGCAAACAACGGCAAGGGCGCAAAGGCAACAAUAACAACGAAGGUGAAGGCAACGCCAGCAGCGCGGCGGCAGAAGCAGCAAACAUGCUGCGCAGUCGCUAUAAGCUGGUAAGACAAAGCAACGCGCCAACUGACUGAACAACUCCCAAAAAGCUCCCAAUGAGAGAGCGAGAGAACAACGUUAGGCAGCAAAGAGAAGCUUUUGACUGGAACAACUACUACAACAACAACUACAACAACAACUACAACUAC